AUGGCUUCAAAACAACCCGACCGAAGGCUCAUACACAAAGAUCGCUUUAACUAUGUGUUUGGCAGUUUAAAAACACAGAAUUAUCAAGAUCCCGUUGCGCGAGGGCCUGGUUCUCACACUAUCCGAACACUAGCUUGGAAUCCAACAGGCCAACUCAUAGCCACCGGCUCCGCAAACAGGACGCUACGUAUAUGGAACCCUGAGCGCGCAAAUGCGCGAUACUCGACCGAACUGCGCGGCCACACAGCCGGAAUCGAGAAAGUGGUUUUCAACCCUGUGCGCGACGCCGAGCUUGCGAGUUGUUCUAGUGAUGGUACAGUACGAUUCUGGGACGUUCGAUCAAAGACUUGCGUCAGUAAGUUAGAUGUUGGAGGGGAGGCGUUUACGUUGUCGUGGUCGGCGGAUGGGAGGGUUGUUAUGGUUGGUAGGAAGGAUGAUACCUUGGUACCUGUUUCGGUGGAGAGUGCGUCGACUCCGACAAUAGCGAUUCAUAAUGGGACGUCUUCUUCUUCUUCGGUUCCGUUGGCCGAGCAGCAAAAAUCACCGUCGACGUAUACGAUAUUACCACCUCAUCCGCAAAAUACGCAGACGAAUGCGACUACAUUUUCAUAUCAUAUACCUACCCCAUCCGCACCGGAUCUAGAUCUUCUCGCAACAACGGGCGAUGGUACAGUUCGAAUAUUCUCCUACCCUUCUUUCAAUUUACAACAUACCUUGAACGCGCACAGUUCAGCCUGUCUAGCACUCGCGCUGGCGCCUACAGGUCGCUAUCUCGCAGUCGGCGGAAGCGACGCAUUGAUAUCGUUAUGGGAUACGACGGACUGGGUCUGUCGGCGGACCGUGUCUAGUGAGGGAGGCGGAACGAUCCGUGGUGUUAGUUGGAGUUUUGAUGGAAGGUUUCUUUGCGGAUCGAGUGAGGAAGUAGGGCCGAAUGGGUUGGAGAUCUUUCAUGCUGAGACGGGGGAUAGUGUUCAUAAGAUCCCGGCGACUGCGGGUGUGCCGGCUGUUGCGUGGCAUCCGACGAGGUAUUGGCUGGCGUAUUCGCUUAUGGCGGAGGGAAGUAAUGCGGGCGGAUUGAGGAUUGUCGGCGCUGCUGGGGGUGGAUUGUAA